UGACGUCAUUCUAAACGCGGGAGACUUCAGUGCAGGAGGAGGUCAGUCUUUAGUUAGGUUAGUUUAGUUGAGUUAGUUUAGUUAAGUCAGUUUAGUUUAUUUAGUGUCUAAGCUCUGCGGGGCGCACUGCGGUGUUCACAGAACUAUGGAUGAACAGCAGCAGCUGUGUUUCAUGAACAGUUUGUCACGCGGAACUGAAUGCCAUCAUGAACAAGAACAGUGCUGAUGUGAAAGGAUGCAGCAUGUACGUGGCUUUGUUCCCAUGUAACGAGUGUGCCAAGCUCAUCAUCCAGGCAGGUCUGAAGGAAGUGGUGUAUCUGUCUGACAAGUACCAUGAUACUCCGGAGAUGACUGCUUCCAGAAGGCUGCUCAGCAUGGCAGGAAUACAGUUCAGGCAGUUCAAGCCCAAGAGGACUGAGAUUAUCAUCGACUUCAAUUCCAUUAACGACCCUGGAAUCAUGGACAACACAACUAAGUAAAAAAAAAAACAUUCAAACCUACAAAACCAAAUGGAAGGAAGACAAACGUUGAAAAGAUCCAAGUUGCCUCCUAUUAUGGUGUUCUUCACGCUGUACUUUGAAGAAAAUUAGGAGAAAACCUUGAUGUUUUUAUAAAUUUUUUUCACUUUUCAGUUGACCUUCCUUUGGGUUUAGAAAAGGACCAGGCUUCUCUUGCUCAUUCCUGGGUGCUACCAUAUUUGUGUAAGUGACUGUUUUAAAGAACUGAUUUGGAGCUAAUUUUAUUUAUAAUAGAAAUAAAUGUUAAAGUUGAAGUUCUGAUUUUAAAGUCUAGGCCCAUCAUUCCUGUAGGCAAAAAGACAUUUUCUUUUUAAAUUAUUUUUAAGUCAUUCUAUUUUGUAUUCUAUAUAACGGAUUUAGAAAUUUCUCCCUGCAAUGUGUGUACAUUUUUAAUUUGCUGAUGGUAUUUUGAAGCACAUUAAUACAUACAAAUGUUAAACAUUUGCUUUUUUGAAUCCGUUACUGAAAGCUAAUUGGUUACUUAUUGACUGUACUGUAGUUUUAUUUACAUUUAUACUAGGUAACUCUUCUGAUUUUUUUAUCUUAAAGCAUGUUUGAUGUCUUUCUUUUUAAUUUUUUUCCUUUUUUUAGGUCAAUAAAAGUUGGAUCACACAAUCUGA